AUGUACUCCAAGCAAUUGCAAGGCAAAACCCGAAAUGGGGAUUAAAUAAUUAGGUUUCUAAAUUCCUCCCCCUCCUGGACCCUGGUACACUGUUCCGUUCCCUCGUUCCUCCGUCCAGCUCCGACCCCAUCGCGCACAUCGCCGGCAAAAACAAAGCGCACCACUUCGAACCCAGAUUCCAAAUCCGAACCUGAGCCCGGAGGCUCGCUUCAAAUGCGCCGGCCGCGACCCGCCACCGCACGCCACCGAUGAGCCCCGACGCGACGGAUGCCGCCGCCGCCGCCGCCGCCGGCGACCUCUUCGCCGCCAACCUCAAGGGCUCGCUCCUCGCCGUCGCCUCUUCCGCGUUCAUCGGCGUCAGCUUCAUCGUCAAGAAGAAAGGUCUCCGCCGCGCCGGCGCCGCGGGCACCCGAGCAGGUGUCGGAGGGUAUGGCUACCUCUUGGAGCCGCUCUGGUGGGUAGGGAUGGUCACCAUGCUUGUCGGGGAAAUUGCCAAUUUCGUGGCUUACAUGUUUGCGCCGGCCGUCCUCGUCACACCACUGGGCGCGCUCAGCAUUAUCGUCAGUGCUGUUCUAGCCCAUUUCAUACUGAAUGAGAAGUUGCAUCGGGUGGGCGUGCUGGGCUGUGGUCUCUGCAUUGUUGGGUCCACAAUGAUCAUCCUCCAUGCUCCCCAAGAGAGGACCCCUGGUUCAGUGGAACAGAUUUGGAACUUGGCAACACAACCUACCUUCCUUUGCUAUGCUGCCGUAGCAGUGGCAGUAUCACUGUUUCUGAUUCUAUAUUGCUCUCCGCGGUAUGGACAGACGAACAUAAUGGUCUAUGUUGGGAUUUGCUCGGUGGUUGGAUCCCUGACGGUAAUGAGCAUCAAGGCUGUGGGCAUUGCCAUCAAGCUUACAAUUGAGGGCAUGAACCAGGCCGGCUGUUUCCAGACAUGGUUAUUUGCAGUGGUUUCAGCAACAUGUAUAGUUAUUCAAUUAGUUUACCUGAACAAGGCACUGGAUACUUUCAAUACAGCAGUUGUCUCUCCCAUCUACUAUGCCAUGUUUACAACCCUCACCAUCUUAGCAAGUGCCAUAAUGUUCAAGGACUGGUCUGGGCAGAGAGCAAGCAACAUCGCAUCUGAAAUUUGUGGAUUUCUUACAGUUCUUGCUGGUACUGUCGUGCUACAUUCGACUAGAGAUCCUGAUCAAACUGUAUCAGCAGACAUGUAUACACCACUCCCUCCAAAAAUAUAUUGGCACAUCCAAGGAAAUGGCGAUAUUGGGAAACAAAAAGAGGAUGACUCCCUUACAUGUGAAUUCAUCACUGUUGUGCGGCAAGACUACUUUGUGUAGGUUGGAUACUGAAGCCUGUCAUCUGUUACAAGACCCAUCUUAGUUGACACCAGCUCAAAGCAAUUGCGAAAUUUCAUGUCGGAUUGUGUUCGAUGCAUUUCAUCUGAGCUGGUGGCCACAAAUUAACUUUUGAGCAUCCUAGUCUGACAAGUUGCGAAGGUAUUGUAGGAAGUUCAUCAAGGAUUUAGCGACCCAAUAGAAUGUCAAUUAUGUAGUUGUUAGCUUCCUAUCGCUAUCACAGUAUCUUUUAAAACUCUUCUCUCCAGAAUGUAAGUUGAUGUAUUUGUGGUUUGUAUUUUUGCUAUGCAUUGUGUAUGUAAAACCCCCAGCUCAGUGAGGUUUUU